AUGGCUGCGCCGCAGCAGCCCUACAUGCCGUCACAGGGCACCUAUGUAGUCGCCGCCGGUGACGGCGGGGGGAGCAACGGGGUCAGCUCGGGUGGUGGAUCCGGCGGCGGUGGCGGUGGCGGUGGUGGUGGUGGUGGAUCGGGCGGCGCCGGAGGCAUGCAGCCCAUGGUGUUGUAUCAGCAGCAGGGAGGAAACGGAGGCGCGCCGCAGGGGCAGCAACAGCAGCAACAGCAGCAGCACCACGGGCAACCUGGCGCGGACCAGGCGGCGGCGGCCUCCCCGAUGUUCCUCCCGAUGUCGCAGGCCGGCUAUGGCUACGUCCCCCAGAUGGCCCACCUGCAGGCGGGAGGCGGUGUCCCGGUGUAUCAGAUGGCGGGAGCCGGGAUCGACGGUGGCCAGGCCAACGCCCGCGCGAACGGCGUCGCUAGCGGCGGCGGCGGCGGCGGCGGGGGGGGAGGGGGCAACGGCGGAAAUGGGCGUGUUAGCCCCCUCAGUCCCUCGGUCGCCUCGCCACAGGCCGGCGCUCCUCACCCUCAGAGCUUCCAGGUGCACUACGCGAUUACCCCGCAAGGCAUCGUGCCCAUGGUUCCGGUGGUCCCCAACGGCGCGGGCGGGUUCACGAACCCGGCCCUGUACCCCGGGGUCGGCGCCAUGUACGACGAUGGGCGGGCCGCUGGCAUGGGUGCGAUGCCCGGGGUGUCCGCGGUCAUGGACGCGGGUGCCGGCGGGGGCGUAGAAAAGGGCCGCCUUUCCCCCCCGCUUGCGGCACCCAUGCAGCAGCACCCCCGAUUCUCGGGAUCCCCGACCCACCCUCCGCCGCACGUGCAUCACCCCGGCGGCUUGCAGCAGCAGCAGCAGCAGCAGCAGCCCAUGCAUGCGCCCGCGUGGUCGGUUGGAGGAGGUGUGCACGACGUUGGAGGCGCGCCGCACAUGGGAUACCUCGACGCUGGAGGCGGGGGUUACGCCGACGGCAGUGGGUACCGAGGGGGGGGUGGAGGACCCGGGGGCCCCGGGCAAGACUUCAUCCGGGGUGCGAGGACUGCGCGAGAAGGGGAGGCUGGAAGGGACAUCAAGGACCGUCGAAAGAGGCUGGACCGCGAGUCUGACAUGGCCGCUCUGCUGGAGGCUACGAGACCCGCGCUCAAGGACGUGCUCGGGAAAGUGUACAGCAUGUCCAGGGACCAGGUGGGCUGCCGCCUGCUUCAGCAGAAGCUGGACGAGUGUCCGGACCGCCCCCCUGAGGGCGAUGCCGGAAAAGAGCCUAGCGAGGAUGAUGCCGUGUCGGCGAUUUUCAUGGAGGCCCUCCCCAACCUGUCCAUGAUGAUGAUCGACCCAUUCGGCAACUACCUGUUCCAGAAGCUGUUCGUGAAGGUGGACGACCACCAACGGCUACUAGCGGUGGAAGCGGUGACCGACCGCAUGCCCGAGGCUGCUGUUAACCUGCACGGUACUCGGUGUGUGCAGAAGGUGGUAGAGCUGUGCCGCACGGAUGCCCAGGCGGCGGUGAUCGCGCGCUCCCUCGGCCCCAGCGUGGUGAAGCUGUCUCUCGACCCGAACGGCAACCACGUGGUUCAGCGCGCUUUGCAGCACAUGCCCGCACCCCGCAACGACUUCGUCCUUGAAGCAAUUACGGCUAGCCUCGUGCAGGUGGCAAUUCACCGUCACGGGUGCUGCGUCCUCCAAAGGUGCCUCGAUGCCGCCGGUCCUAACCUACGGAUCAAGCUUAUCGAGGAGGUGGCACGGAACGGCCUCCGCCUGAUGCAAGACCCGUUUGGCAACUACGUGGUGCAGUACGUCUUGAAGACCUGCUCAAGGGAGGAGACGUACAUGCUCUGCUCUGCACCGCUGGGGCACGUGGCGUCGCUCUCCACUCAGAAGUUUUCCAGCAACGUGAUGGAGGCGUGUUUGGAGCGGGCCCUCCCGGAGGUUCAGUCCAAGUUCGUGGAAGAGCUGGCGCAGCAGGGUAGGAUAAGAGAGCUCAUACUGGACCAGUACGCCAACUAUGUGGUGCAGCGUGCUCUGACAGUGGCCAACAAUGAGGAGGGUCUAAAGCUCGUGAACGCGAUCAGGCCUCACCUUCAUUCCAUGCAGAGCACCUCGAGCGGACGGCGCAUCGCUGCCAAGAUCAUCAAGCGCUACCCGACCGUAGACCUCGGGGAAGAGAUUCUCAUGCUCAUGAGCAGAGGGUAAUCGAACGAGCGGGUGAUAACCGAUCGGGUGGACCAAAGCAAGAGGAACAUGUGCUGCGACGGUGAAAGCCAUGUGUUGGUGCGAUAGAUGAUGCACACGCGCAGCUCUUGGAUCACCGCAUAACUUGGCGGCAUCGAGGUUGGUUGCAAGCGUUGGCUGCCGGUCGUGCUAGCCUGCGUAACAUAUCACGAUGAUAUCGAUAUAUGUUUCGGUAGUCGCUAACGGAGGUGGUUCUUAUCUCAUAAAUAAAGAGGUGAAGCUUCUCUACCGGGUUUUGUUUUUUUUCGUACCCAUGGCCAAGGCAAGGAAAAGAGGUUUGAGAAUAUGGCGGGGAACUAGCUUUAUACAAGACAUGGCCCGCCGCCUUGAGUACGAUGAAGCGUAGCAUAUUUCGUCAGUUGUUCCACAGUAGUAAAUAUAUCUCUCGUCGUUGCUUGCAGUGCAUUCAGCUGCUCCCCGCAACUUCUACGACAGCAGUACGUGUUUCCGGUGCGUGCUAGUAAAGGUAGUGUUUUGAUACCCCAUUUCCAUAUCUGUAUCUGUAUCUGCAUCUGCUUCCUUACAUUGGUUGCUGCGGUUGGUGCGAACAGCAGUAACAGCGCCGUUCGGUUGUCCAAGUGGUACAAUAGUCGUGCGAGAAGUAAAGUGGUAGAGAAAAGACAAAAGACGAAAAAAGGAAGUCAGAGCAAGAUAGGGUCUAGGUCGGAGGAGGCUCAUCAUCUGGUCUAAAUAUUAUCUAUAGCUACCUUCUUUGUUGGUGCCCUCCGAGGACGGUCAGUCCCUUUGAUGUUUGGGACAGGCAAGGGGCGCGCGGGGGGGCAGGCGAUGGUGAAAAGCGCGUUAAGCUCUCGGCUGUGGCAACUCCUUUGGUAGUGGUGGUUUUGUCUUGAUAUGAUCAUUUAUGGUGAGGGGAAGGGGAUGUCGGCGGUUGGGGAGGUCGCAGCAUCUCUCUCCUGUAGUUUCUUGUCUUAGAGAGUUCUUUCUGCUAUGCAAUAUUAGUGUUUCGGCGGACCACGUGUUGCCAUAUCAUUUUUACAGUGGAGGCGGUUGGCGGUUGGCGGUCCGCGUAAGCGAACGAGCAGGUCGUUAGACGUUGGGGAGCUGUAAAGCUCUUUGUGUUUUAGUUGGCGAAGAGCUAUGAUGGUAAUACUGGGUGUACUUUCGGCAGGGGGGCAUGGAGGGGGGUGAGCAGAGAUGAGCUGCAUUUCCGCGAAGAUUUUAACAACGGCUCGGUUGAAUUUAUUGUAUUUGACCGGGUCUUUUUCUUCUUUCUUCCUUCAUGUUGCCUCUGUGUUGUGUUGUGGGGUUGAUUCUGCGGGAGGGUUCGAUUCGGCACCGUGCUUCGUCCUUGUCUCGUGUUGGUGUAAGUCACGGCACGGCACGAUGAGUCCAGCGGGCAUGACGAUGCGGCUAUGUACUAUUGCAUGAUGCAUGACGCGAGAUGUUUUUUUGACGAGGACGGUGAUGGGUCGGAGGGGGGGGCUACCAAUCCCCAUUUUGCAACGUUUUUCGUGCUUGGGUGUUUUUCAUUCAAGUGAUAUAAGACUACCGAGUGUUCUUUCAGGUAUAAAACUAGGUAUUGGAAGUAGGUGGGAGAUGACUCGCCGCAUGAUCGGUAAGGGUGAAAUGGCUGCUGCGGAUGCCACAGUGCGGCACCGCCGGCAUUUUAGAAGCUGGGGGAGGGGCAGGGAAGUGCGUGUGUGCGUGCCGUUGGUGUUAUUGUUCUGUGUCUUGUCAAAGUCCCUGUUUAUUUUGCUGUUGUUUGCGACACGCCGCUAUCGCUGUAGUGAAGUGGAGGAAAGGAGAAGGAGAAGGAGACAGCAUGGAUGGAUGGAUGCGGCGAGUACAAGGGUAUAUACAGCCAGAACGUACACCUAAUUUGUGAGACUGGCUUUCGUGUGCGAUGACGGCACAUGCUCGGAACACCGCACGGGCUUUUUUGCCGUCCCGUUAUUUCAUGCCUAACUAACUGUAUGUGGCAUGAACUUGCAACAGCAUACUGUAGCGUAGCGUGCACUAAAUGCUGUAUUUGUUUCGAGCGGAGAAGAAUCCCUCUUGUCUUGUUCUUACAAUACCCGUCCUUGCAACCCUGGAUUGAACGUAGUAGUGUCGUCGGCAGUGCUGGCUGGCUAACCGUCUGGUGCGGUGAUUAUUUGUGUUUCUUGUGUCGGGAACAGGCAGGCGCGAAGGAAGCCGCUGCGCUGCUGCUGCGUGUGAGCUGUUCCCUUUCCUCCCGUCUGGCGGCGUUCUUAUUUUCUGUUGGUUUUUGUUUGUUGCAAAUGCUCGUCCUGCUGCGUUUUAUAUCUUAUUUUUGUUUCCCUUGCAACUGGCUGGAGAGCUGCCCCACUCCCCCCUCCCCUCCCCUCCCCGGGGCGGAAGGCAAGGCAGCUAGCUCUCUCUCUAUUACCUGUGGCGGGUUUCAAUCGAGCGAGGGCUAGUAAUAUCGUGGUUUGUAGUGAGUGUUGCAUAUUGAUUGGUCUCUUGUAUGGCGGUGGGGUGACGUGGGUGUGUGAAAGGUGGAGGGGGGCGAGGAGCGGCGUCGAACGGUGCCUCUGCUGCGUGGUAUUGGUUGGUAUGCUAGUAGUGGUGAAAUAUAUUUGUGCAUGCGCGCAUGCUCUUUGUUCCUCGAGGAAAAAUCUCAUCGUAAACUACGGAGUGAUGGUUGACUACGACUGGACUAAGGCAGUAGUGUGGGUCAGGUUAUUUUCCGUGUGGGGCUCACUUGUCUUGUCAAUCGAUAGGAUCGAUCGAAGCUGUUGGGUUGUGGGUCCCUUACAUUUCGUCUCUGGUCUUCUUGCCGCUUUGCCGCUGCUGAACACUGUGGUGAGUGACACGCGCACCGAUGGUUGGUGUGUUCGUUGAGAGACGGGACGUGUGCCGUCGCGUAAGGCUGGAUUGUGUCCGCAGCGAGCAGGGGGGAGGGCAAGGGACGGCGGACGGACGUGUUGUUUCAAGUUUUUUUUCGUGUUAAAUUAACUGCUCUCGUCGUCGUCGUCGCCGUGAUACGUUACGUUAAUGUUAGAAGAUGACCUAGUGAGUGUCGUUCGCUUCGUCAGUGGCAAGCAUGGCAUUGGCAUUGGCAUUGGCAUGCGCCACGGCAGCAACAGGUAGUAGGUGCACCAUCCUUCCUUCCUUCCCCCCCUCCUUCCGAGUACAGCCUCUGGUGUGUGAGUUGUGUAUGGGAUGGCGCAAGCAAUAUAUGGUACGUCAACUUGAGCGUAAAGGGACAGGACAAAAACUG